CCACAGCUGAUCUGCUGAUGAGAUGAUGAUUUUAUGAUAUAUUCAUGCCUAAUACCCUUUCCUUCAUUAUCUGUCGUCUCUGAUUCCCCGCGCGAUCACGACAUAACCACCCACCAUGACUCUCCAAUAUAUUAGCAGUGUGGCGUCAAAGGCCAGCCCGUGGAGCUCCAAGCCGGUCCUGACAGACGAAGAUGAGGCCUUUCUACAACGCGUUAUUUCCAACUCGGAGGAAAACGACCGGAUCGAAAAAUCUAAUCCCGUGGGAAAAGAUGCACAGACUGCUUUAAUGGACGGAGCACAAAACGUCCCUCUGCCGACCUCGCCUCAAGAUGAACUCGUCUCGGAUCUUGCCGAGACACCACGCACGGAAAUUUCCAAGGAAAAGGAAGCGCCAAACCCUGCCCCAGCCUCAGCAUCUGAUACCAAAAAGAAGAGUCGACCAUGGAGUACUUGGCUGAAGCGGGAUGCAAAGAAGACCAAGAAAGAGCAAAAAGAAACAAUAGUAGCCGACCCAAAAGACAUAGCAACCACCCCUAAGACUGUCGAAGGCGAUCCCGUCAGCGACGAUGAACAAAAGCAGGAACAAGAAGAUCUGGCCACCAUUCUCGAGCGUCUCAACCUAGCAGCUGAGAACAAUCGCGUUGUUUCAAUUGGUGACGAAACUCAGGAGCUGCUUCAGAAAUUUAAACUCAUCUUCAAGGAUAUAGUGACUGGUGUCCCUACAGCAUAUCACGAUCUCGAAUUGCUCCUAACCAACGGUGACAAGCAGCUCAAAGAUGCAUUUGGACACCUGCCCGGCUUCUUGAGGAAACUCGUUGAGCAACUCCCAGAGAAGUUCAGCGAGCACCUCGGGCCUGAAUUGAUGGCUGCAGCUAGCGAGAGGCCUUCACAAAGUGGGAUCAAUAUGGAAAAUGCAGGCAAGGCUGCUGCAGCCGCUCAGAAGAUGCGGUUCAAAAUCCCGAAUGUCAAGGAGCUUGUUGGAAAACCGACCGCACUGGUGGGAAUGCUCCGAUCUAUUACCGCGUUCCUUCGAGCUCGGUUCCCAGCAGUUCUGGGAGUAAAUGUGCUGUGGUCUCUGGCUCUGUUCAUUGUUCUACUUGUAUUGUGGUACUGCCAUAAACGUGGAAAAGAAGUACGACUGGCCAACGAGCGUCUCGUAACCGAGGCAGAAGUAGCCAAAAUGAACCAAGAAUACAAUCAACACAUUCGUCCCACCGAAACGUUGAGCACUACUGCACCUAGAGACGCUCCGAUUUCAGAUGUUCGAGAGGGCGUCGAACAAGUCCAAAAAGCGCGAGAAGACUCUACCAACUCCGCUGGAGAAACAGCACAGUCGCCAACACCUCAAGAACCAACAACCAUCCCGGCAGCCCAGUCUGCUGCUGCCAAGCCCGAAGCCUCUGGGGGCAGCAAGCCUGACACUCGUCGCUUUUCUCUCUUCCGAUCAUUUUCGAAGCGGGCGAACCAUACCGACAAUAAUGUUCAACCGUAUCCAGGAACAUGAUCUCUUUUUUUAGUCGAUAAGUUAGUAUUAAAUGUGGCGUAUGCAUCUGUCGACCUAAUGACCCUGAAUUUACGAGCCUGCUGCUAGUUAAAAUUUUGAAAUAGUUUUGAGACUACAUACAUAUUAAUAUAUAUUUUCAUCUCACC